AUGGCGUCGAAUGCGGAUGACAAGCUGGUCAUCAUGAAUGAAGAGGAGCUGAAGAGGAAGCAGAGGGAAAAGUUGAAGAAGCUACAGGCCACAGGAGGAAACCCUCGUCCAGCAAGAACCCUCUUCCUCUUUAACCUAAAAAAUUCCUUUCGCAAGGCCUGCAUCACCAUUGUGGAGUGGAAAACCUUUGAGUACAUCAUCUUACUGACCAUCUUUGCAAACUGUAUUGCUUUGGCUGUGUUCCUGCCCAUGCCUGAGGAAGACAGUAAUAACACCAACACAAACUUGGAGAGUUUGGAGUACAUCUUCAUGAUCGUAUUCACGUUAGAGUGCUUUCUGAAGAUAGUGGCGUAUGGGCUCGUGUUUCAUGACGGCGCCUAUUUACGGAACUGUUGGAACAUAUUGGACUUUGUCAUCGUCUUCAUGGGUCUCUUCACUUUUGCCUUGGAUACCAUCAAUAAGUUAGCAGAUGUGCCUGUGGAGAAGGGUGGAGGGUUUGACAUGAAGGCGUUGAGAGCCUUCAGAGUGCUGCGACCCUUACGUCUCGUCUCUGGGGUCCCCAGCCUGCAGGUGGUGAUGAACUCCAUCCUCAAAGCCAUGCUGCCUCUGCUGCACAUCGCCCUGCUGGUGUUUCUACUGGUCACCAUCUAUGCCAUCAUGGGACUGGAGCUCUUCAAGUGCAAAAUGCAUAAAACCUGCUAUUACACCGGCACAAAUAUUUACUCCACAGCAGAAGCAGAGCUGCCUGCACCCUGUGCUCAGGCAGGAAACGGUCGGCGCUGCAUGAUCAACGGCUCUGAGUGUCGGCCAGGCUGGGAGGGUCCUGACAAUGGCAUCACCCACUUUGAUAACAUUGGCUUUGCCAUGCUUACAGUGUACCAGUGUAUCACCAUGGAGGGAUGGACCAAAGUGCUCUACUGGGUUAAUGAUGCCAUGGGAAAUGAAUGGCCCUGGGUCUACUUCGUUCCCCUCAUUCUGCUGGGUUCCUUCUUUGUGCUUAAUCUGGUUCUGGGCGUGCUCAGUGGAGAGUUUACUAAAGAGCGAGAGAAGGCCAGGUCACGAGGAGAGUUUCAGGAGUUGAGAGAGCGGCAGCAGCUGGAUGAAGAUGUGAAUGGCUACAUGGAGUGGAUCACUCACGCUGAAAUCCUGGAUGCCGACCGAGAGGGCAAAGGACUCCUGCCUUUAACCAGUGAUCCUGAUAAAGACAGCCUGUAUGACAUGGAAGGCAAGAGUCGAGUCGUCUACUACUACCGCCUGGCCCGUCGCUGGAACCGUUUCUUUAGGAUGAAGUGCCUUCUGUAUGUGAAAACAAAGUCCUUUUACUGGCUAGUGAUGUUCCUCGUCCUCCUCAACACCCUGACCAUAGCAACAGAGCACCACCACCAGUCAGAUUCACUCACUUCCCUACAAGAUGUGGCCAGUCGUUUACUGCUGGUGCUGUUUAUAAUCGAGAUGUUUGUGAAGAUGUAUGCUCUGGGUCCGAGAGCUUAUUUCAUGUCCCUGUUUAACCGCUUUGACUUCUUCGUGGUGCUAUGCGGUAUCGUAGAGAUGAUCAUGUUUUCUGCAGGAGCCGUGGCUCCCCUGGGUUUCUCUGUACUCAGGUGUAUAAGAUUGCUAAGGAUCCUAAAAGUAACAAAGUACUGGACCUCUUUGAGUAAUCUUAUAGCUUCACUCCUCAACUCUGUACGCUCCAUCGCCUCCCUGCUCCUUCUUCUCUUCCUCUUCAUCGUAAUUUUCUCACUUCUGGGCAUGCAGGUGUUUGGGGGGAAAUUCAACUUCACCGAUAACAGACCCAGACGCAGUAACUUUGACAACUUCCCUCAGGCCCUCAUCAGCGUGUUUCAGAUCCUAACAGGAGAGGACUGGACAUCAAUAAUGUACAAUGGAAUAAUGGCCUAUGGAGGGCCUGUGUUUCCUGGCAUCUUGGUCUCCAUUUUCUUCAUCGUCCUCUUUGUCUGUGGAAACUAUAUCCUUCUCAAUGUCUUCUUGGCCAUCGCCGUCGACAACCUGGCAGAGGCUGAGAGUCUGUCUUCAGCUCAGAAAGAAAAGGCGGAGGAGAAGAUGAAGAGAAAGCUAAUGAGGUCCAAAAACCCUGAAAAGACUGACGAGGAGAGGGAAAGGAUAGCUAAGAAACUGGCAGAGCAGAGAGGCAAGAUAGAAUGCAUUUCCACCACAGCCAAGCUCAAAAUUGACGAGUUUGAGUCCAAUGUCAACGAAGUGAAAGAUCCAUUCCCACCUGAUGACUUUCCAGGUGAUGAUGAGGAGGAAGAGCCUGCAAUCCCCAUCAGCGAUCGGCCCCGACCGAUGGCCGAUCUGCAGCUGAAGGAGGAAGCCGUUCCAUUGCCCGAAGCCAGCUCCUUUUUUGUUUUUGGCCCUCAGAACAAGUUCCGUAAACUCUGCUACAAGAUCAUCAACGCCUCUGCCUUCACCAACUUAAUCCUUCUAUUCAUCCUGCUCUCCUCCAUCUCCCUGGCAGCUGAGGACCCCAUCGACCCAAAGUCCUACAGAAACAAGAUCUUGGCCUAUGCUGACAUUGUCUUCACAACUGUGUUCACCAUUGAGAUUGUACUGAAGAUGACAGUAUAUGGAGCAUUCAUGCACGAAGGCUCCUUCUGCCGUAACUCCUUCAACAUCCUGGAUCUGAUUGUCGUUACAGUCUCCCUGCUUUCUAUGGGGAUGGAGUCGAGUGCCAUCUCUGUGGUGAAGAUUCUCAGGGUGCUGAGGGUGCUGAGGCCUCUCAGGGCUAUCAAUAGAGCCAAGGGGUUAAAGCAUGUGGUCCAAUGCGUAUUUGUGGCCAUCAAAACCAUCGGAAACAUCGUCCUGGUCACCAUGCUGCUGAAUUUCAUGUUUGCCUGUAUUGGGGUGCAACUCUUCAAGGGUAAAUUCUACAGCUGCACAGACAUGUCGCAAAUGACGGAGGAGAAAUGCCAGGGAUACUUUGUAAAGCACAUGGAGAAUUCCCUUCAAGAAACAACGUUGGCAAAGAGAGAAUGGCUCAACAGUAACUUCAACUUUGACAAUGUGCUCAAUGGCAUGCUGGCUCUCUUCACGGUUUCAACAUUUGAGGGCUGGCCAAAAUUGUUAUACAGAGCCAUUGAUUCAGACGAAGAAGACAUGGGUCCUGUCUUCAACAACCGCGUGGAUGUGUCCAUCUUCUUCAUCAUCUACAUCAUCCUCAUCGCCUUCUUCAUGAUGAACAUUUUUGUGGGCUUUGUCAUUGUCACUUUCCAGAAGCAGGGCGAGCAGGAGUAUAAGGACUGUGAGCUGGACAAGAACCAGCGUCAGUGUGUGCAGUACGCCCUAAAGGCCCGACCUCUGAGGUGCUACAUCCCCAAAAACCCGAAUCAGUACAGAGUCUGGUACAUUGUCACCUCCUGCUACUUUGAAUACCUCAUGUUCUUCCUAAUUAUGCUCAACACAUUGUGUCUGGGGAUGCAGCAUUGUAACCAGUCGAACCAUGUGACCGAGCUGUCAGACAUCCUGAACAUGAUUUUCACCGUGCUCUUCACUGUGGAGAUGAUUCUAAAGCUCAUGGCCUUCAAAGCGAGGGGCUACUUCGGAGACCCCUGGAACGUCUUUGACUUCAUCAUCGUUAUUGGUAGUGUAGUUGAUGUCAUACUGAGCGAAGUCGAUAGUGCCCUGGCCGCCAGUGGAGGACUGUACUGUCUCCAUGGCUGUGCUGAGACAAAUCCUUUGCAAGCUAUUGCGGCAUCUGAAAAUGCGUCAGUUUCCAUCACGUUCUUCCGACUUUUCCGUGUCAUGCGUCUGGUCAAGCUGCUGAACCGUUCGGAGGGCAUCCGUAAUCUACUGUGGACUUUCAUCAAGUCCUUCCAGGCUCUUCCUCAUGUAGCUUUGCUCAUCAUAAUGCUCUUCUUUAUCUACGCUGUCAUUGGGAUGCAGAUCUUUGGAAAGGUAUCCUUAGUGGAUGGCACCCAAAUCAACCGCAACAACAACUUCCAGACAUUCCCUCAGGCUGUUUUGAUGUUAUUCCGGUGUGCUACUGGAGAGGCAUGGCAAGAGGUCAUGAUGGCUUCAAUGUACGGGAAGAAGUGUGACCCCAAGUCUGACUUCCUGCCAGGAGAGGAGUUCACCUGCGGGUCCAAUUUUGCUGUCUUCUACUUCCUCAGUUUUUACUGCCUCUGUGCUUUCCUGAUCCUCAACUUGUUUGUGGCUGUCAUCAUGGACAACUUUGACUAUCUGACCCGUGAUUGGUCUCUUCUCGGUCCCCACCAUCUGGACGAGUUUAAGAAAAUCUGGGCUGAAUAUGACCCUGAAGCCACGGGGAGGAUUAAACAUCUGGAUGUUGUGACGCUGCUGCGAAGCAUCCAGCCCCCACUGGGCUUUGGAAAGUUCUGUCCUCAUCGUGCUGCAUGCAAGCGCUUGGCUGGCAUGAACAUGCCUCUGAACAGUGAUGGCACCGUCACCUUUAAUGCCACCCUCUUCGCUCUCGUCAGGACUGCACUCAAAAUCAAAACUGAAGGUAACUUUGAGCAAGCCAAUGAGGAGCUGAGAGCCAUUAUAAAAUCCAUCUGGAAACGCACCAGUAUGAAACUGUUGGACCAGGUCAUCCCCCCUAUGGGAGAUGAUGAGGUGACGGUGGGGAAAUUCUACUCCACCUUCCUGCUCCAGGAACAUUUCCGUAAGUUCUUGAAGCGCCAGGAGGAGUACUACGGCUACCGACCCAGUAAAAAGAGCGCCUCCGGCCCAGAGAUCCAGGCGGGCCUGAGGAGCAUUGACGAUGAGGUCGCUCCAGAGAUGCACCGGGCCAUUUCAGGAGACCUGCAGAACGAGGAAGAGCUGGACAGAGCCAUGGACGAGGCUACAGAAGACGGAAUCUACCAGCGUUCUCACGGUCUGUUUGGUAACCGGGUGGACUCCUUCUCCUCUGAGCCGGUCAGCACUCAGGCCCAGCAUAUGACCAACCAGCGGCCCCUGCAGUUCUCCGAGAGCCAGGUGGAGUCUCCACCAAACUCUGCUGCCUUGGAGCCCACUACUGAAUUUUUCCCAAAAAGCAACACUAACAACAACGCCUUCGCAGAGUUUUCAUUUGACAGAGAAGGCAGAGAAGGCAGUCCCGAAGACUUUUACAAUCACAGUGAGGCAGAGCCUGGAAACCUGCGCUCCUGGAACUACAUUGUGAGAACAGACAAAACACAGUUCCCCUAUGACCCUGAGUAUGGUGACAGUCAGAGUCUGAGCUCCCAUACGGCUGCAGACCAGCUGGUCCAGGAGGCUCUAGCACAGGGCGGCCUGUCCUCCCUGGCCAAAGACCCCAGCUUCGCCUCUGUUGCUAGGCAGGAGAUGGCGGAUGCUAUGCACACAUCUGUCAAUGACAUGGAGAGCGUGGCUCUGGGCAUCCUCAGCGAGCGCGCCGGCAGCGUCGCCUCUGACAAAAACAGACGUCCCAUCCCAGUCCCCCCCGUGGCAGCUCAGGGAGCCAGAAGGCCCGAUCCGGCGGUGAGGAGGAAGAGACGUCCCAUCCCCCAGAUUCCCUCCGUAAAGGAGGCCGACUCCGAGGUUUAG